AUGGGUGAUAUCAAAAGUGUUGUUGUCUCGAUCUCAGCUGUUUCUGAGAUCUCGGAACGCAAGCGUACUUUCUCAAGUCUCUCGACUAGUACCACGUCAUCUCUCGCCGCCCCCAAGACACGCCGACCUCCCCGUGUGACAAGCACCGAAAAGGUCCGUGAGCUAGUACGAUUAGCAAUUACAAGACUCCGAGUCCUGUUGAACGAGCAAAAAGGCACGCGCAGGCCGAUCUCCCAGAAGGGCCUGUUCUCCUACAACUACGUCGAGCCCCUUUUCAAUUGGUGGGGCGCAAACUAUCGUGUUCUCACCACACAAUGUCUCGGCCGAGUCGAAGCCUCUGACGCACUGGGUUCCGUGACAAAGCUUGUCAACGGAGCUUCUCACAACUAUGCUGGCUUCUACAAGGCUACUUCUCAGGCUGAGGAGCUGCAGCGGCUGUGUUUGGAAGCACUGCCGGUGUCCGACACCCAGGCUGUUCCCCAUCUCCGAGACGAAACGCAUCAUGCAAUUGCAGACUUCUUUGGAGCGGACUUUUGCUUCACCACUAGCACUGGGUAUGGAUCUAAUUACAUCGCGCUGCCGGCAUUGAUCGAUUGCUCCACUGUGGUCAUCAUGGAUGAGAACUGCCACAACUCCAUGUUCACCGGCGUGUUCCUGGCCUCCUCGCCAAACUUACGAAAGUUCAAACACAACAACAUGGAGCACCUUGAACUUUUACUCAGCGGGUGUAUUGAUGAGUCUGUCAAUGUCAUAGUGGCCAUCGAAGGUCUUUACAGCAUGGAAGCCGAUAUACCCCCCCUAGAUCUUCUGCAUCGUUUGAAGAAGGACUACGACUUCACUCUUUAUUGCGACGAGGCGCACUCCUUCCUUUCUCUUGGGAAGACGGGUCGCGGAUGCCUUGAAUACUGGAACGACCACCACCCAGAGAGCCCCUUACCCUGGGAUCUGAUUGACAUCCGCACUGGUACACUUUCCAAAGCUAUCGGUGGUAUUGGAGGUAUCAUCGUCGGGAAGGCUGUCUUUCAGGACAUCAUCCGUGAGCGCAUCGAAGGCCUCAACGAACAGGACAAUGUCUCCUUGCCAAGCUCGACAAUGGUCCAGACGUUAUGGGUCCUGGGCCAGCCACUUCGAAUCGGCCGUAGCCUCCAACGGCUUGCUGAAAUUGCCCGAUUCUGUCGCGAGGAAUUGGAACGCUUCGGUAUAUUCGUUUAUGGUGACGUCGGUACACCGGUUCUGCCUGUCUACACCGGCAGGCCUAGCCUUUCUGCGAAGCUCUCUUACGCCCUGAGAUGCGCCGGACUACUUGCGACACCAGUUUGCACUCCAGCAGUGCCGUUUUGGGAGACCAGAGUUCGAAUCAACCUUUCGGCAGACUUCACAGACGAGGAGGUGAACGGACUUCUUCAUGCUGUUAUCCACGCUGCAGCAAGCGUGGGUAUGGGGAGGAUGAGAAGGAUAUCUCGUUCUUUCUUCAAGACCAAUGUAGAAGUAUUCGAUGCGGAGGAAGACUGCAACGAGGCAUCGAAGGUCUUUGACUGGGUACGCAGCUUGAUCACGAUGGACGCUGCUAUGGGCCCGCACAGCGACCAGAGGCAGCUUUUUGAUGGCACUUGCGGUCCUCGAAUCCUCGACAUAGGUCAUGGAUCUCGUGCUCAGUAUGGCAUUGGAGCAGGCGGUGCCAGAUGGAUCUGUGGCACGUUUCCUCCGCAUCUUGUGGUUGAAGACCUCAUUGCUCGUGCAACAGGUAUGGAGGCCGCCUUGACCUAUGCGGACGCCUCUAUAGGGCUAGCUUCCACUAUUGCAGCGCUUUCACGCCCUCUGGUAGGACACAAGAAGCAUUUCAUGCUGUUUGAACGAGGCGCGUCCCAAUUUGUUCGCGAUGGUCUUGCGAUGGCAUCAAAGAAGGAGGCCCCCACUUUACUGGGAUAUGUCGACCUCUUUCAGCUUGUACAACAGGUCAGAAAGCUCUAUCGAAGAAACAGAAAGUUGUGUCUUACGGUAUACGUGCGCGUCGGAGAGGAUUCGGCACACCACCUGCUUUCAUCUAUUCUCGAAGAGAUUGCUGCCAUCACAGGUCCGGAGUCCGUCAUGACCAUCCUCCUCCAUUGCACUUCUCAAUACUUGAACCCAAGGCAACUCAUCUCUUUCCCCUCGCGGAUGAAUAUUCACGUCUUGGUUUGCGGAUCUUUCAACCGCAUUUUUGGUCUGCCCGCAGGAUUUCUCACCGGACCACAGAGCUUGAUUCGAGAGCUCCGAUACACAAGCAGGGGUUACAUGUUCACUACAUCACCGCCACCCUUCAUCAUGGACAUGUUACGAGGUGCCCUAGAGUGGAAUAUUACAUCUGAUUAA